UUUGGAGGCGUUGGUUUCUGCUGGUGUCUAUCUUACGCGCUAUCUCCGCCCUCAAGGGAGAGACUUCUCCGUUUACCGAGCACCCCCCCUUUUUUUUCUCUUCCCCGUGCACUGCCGUUAAAUCCCCCCAAAAUUUGAGGUGUGACGGACUGCGAGAGAGAGAAAAAAAGCGCAAAGGACACCGCGUCAAUUUGGCACCGGAUUCAUCCCCCUUCUCGUAAUGAAUUUCUGGAUUAUGGGGACGUCGUUAUGACACGCAGGGUGAACUACAGACGCUUUCCAAGAUAGAAAAAAAACACCCAGAUGAAUUAGAUUUGGUUGAAAUGCUGCUGCACAUCUUUGGGAUUUCGCCUGUAGAUAAUUGAGGAUGUUUGAAUUUUUUUUCGACGCUUGUGUGGCUUUAGUGCGCGCAAUGUGCAGCGGGUUUGUUGCUGCUGAGAGUUGGCACAGCCCACAGGCAUCACCUUACUGAUGGUUCCUAACGUCGCUAUGAUACAGGAUCCGCGUUAAUCUCCGCACAGUGCUUCUAAACGUGCAUUUAAGUGGCAGGUGAUGAACUAAACCGGCUCUGUUGGAUGGUUUGACCAAAUGCGCUAAAAGGAGUUAAAAUCCCCCACGUUAACCCGCGACGCAGGGGGCUGUUUGAAGUCACACGCGCCCAGAACAAACAAUUAAGAUGACAAAACCCGUCCCCAGAAGAGAUUGUCUUUAUUACCGAGGAAGCUGCAUUGGGAUCACAUCACAGUUCCUGGAUAGAGUUGGAGGACGGGCAGCAGAGGAAGCAGAGAGGGAGGAGAAGCAGAGGAGAGCUGCUGAGCGCCACAACAGACCUGCUGCUGCUGCUGCUGCUGCUGCUGCUGCUCACAGGGAAGCUUUGGCUUCAGUGAUGGACUGAGCUGAAGGGAUCCGCAUGACAGUGAGCUUCACGCUUUCCUCAGAAGCCUUCACACUUGACAAAGGCAUGCACGGACACACUGCAGCAUAGCGGUGAGAAACCAAGAGCGAGCUGCCCACUUUGAACACCACAACGACUUGGCCUAAUGAGUGAGAUAUCCCUCAAAGAAGAGCACAGCACUGGCCAUUCAUUUGGAAACCGUCUCUCAGGUCUGCACAAACUGCUUCUACCUUUGUCCCAAAAAGCAAGUAAACCUGGAACCUCAGCCCCUUCCCAAGUGCCCCCGAAGCCCACCACCGGAUUCAGUUUGGAUCCACAGAUGUAACUAAGCUGUCAAGAUUUCUUCACCAGGAAGUCCUGUGAUUUUGGCUGCAUGGACACAUCUUCAAAGACGUGGCUCCCGCAUCAGAGUCAGUUUGGGUUGGUUGGUCAAGCGGAGGUUUGCUGUGGUGGACCUGGAGUUUUAACCCCAAACCAAUCUCGCAGGGCAAGUUUUGCCUCUGCCAGACAGUCAAGCAUGGAGACCCCUCCGAAUACGACUCCGCAGCCCUUCAGGCAGCCGAGUUUUCUCAAUCGGAGGUUGAAGGGUUCCAUCAAGAGGGCAAAAAGCCAGCCCAAACUAGACCGGACCAGCAGCUUUAGACAAAUGAUUCUGCCCCGGUUUCGUAGCGCUGACCAAGAGAGGACUCGCUUGAUGCAAAGCUUCAAAGAAUCCCACUCCCACGAGUCCCUUCUUUCUCCUAGCAGUGCUGCAGAGGCUUUGGACCUAGUUUUGGAUGAAGAUGCCAUAAUCAAACCUGUCCACUCUAGCAUUUUAGGACAAGAGUACUGCUUUGAGGUAACCACCAAUUCAGGGACAAAAUGUUUUGCCUGCCGUUCAGCUUCAGAAAGAGACAAGUGGAUUGAAAAUCUGCAACGAGCCGUCAAACCUAACAAGAACUCCUCGUUUCACUUUAAGGAUAACAGCAGACGGGUUGACAAUGUGCUCAAGCUGUGGAUCAUCGAAGCUCGAGACCUUCCAGCUAAGAAACGCUACUAUUGUGAACUGUGUCUGGAUGACAUGCUGUACGCUCGCACCACCAGCAAACCCCGGACCGACACCGUCUUCUGGGGCGAGCAUUUUGAGUUUAACAAUUUGCCUACCAUUCGUAGCCUUCGUUUGCACCUCUACAAGGAAACGGACAAAAAAAGACGCAAGGAAAAAAGCACAUACCUUGGCCUCGUCAGCAUCCCCAUAUCCAGCAUCACAGGCCGGCAGUUUGUCGAGCAGUGGUACCCAGUGAUACAGUCCAGUGUUCUGGCCAAAAGCGGCGGCGUCGGAAGCGCCAAAGUCAUCAACGCCUCGCUACGCGUCAAAUCUCGCUACCAGACAAUGAACAUCCUCCCGAUGGAGCUGUACAAGGAGUUUGCAGAGUACAUCACCAACAACUACCGAACACUGUGUGCAGUCCUGGAGCCGCUGUUGAGCGUCAAAAGCAAAGAGGAGGUGGCGUUUGCUCUGGUGCACAUCCUUCAAAGCACGGGGAAGACGAAGGAGUUCCUGUCAGACAUGGCCAUGUGUGAGGUGGAUCGAUUCAUGGACCGUGAGCACUUGAUCUUUCGGGAGAACACGCUCGCUACAAAGGCUGUGGAAGAGUACCUCAAACUGAUAGGUCACAGAUACCUCAAGGAUGCUAUAGGUGACUUUAUUCGGGCCUUAUAUGAGUCUGAGGAGAACUGUGAGGUGGAUCCUAUGCGUGUCCCGCCAUCCGUCCUCGCUGACCAUCAAGCAAACCUCCGCAUGUGCUGCGAGCUCUUACUCUGCAAGAUUAUCAACUCUCUCUGCAUAUUUCCCCGGGAGCUGAAGGAAGUUUUUGCCUCAUGGAGAGCCAGAUGUGCUGAGCGUGGAAGAGAGGAUCUGGCUGACAGCCUCAUCAGCUCCUCCCUGUUUCUCCGCUUCAUGUGCCCAGCCAUCAUGUCGCCCUCCCUGUUCAACCUGAUGCAGGAGUAUCCCGCCGAACGCACGUCCCGAACGCUCACCCUCAUCGCCAAGGUGAUGCAGAACCUGGCCAGCUUCAGCAAAUUUGGACCCAAGGAAGAAUACAUGUACUUCAUGAAUGAGUUCCUGGAGAUGGAGUGGGGCUCCAUGCAGCAGUUCCUCUAUGAGAUUUCCAACAUGGACACGGGUGGAAACGCUGGAGGGUUCGAGGGCUACAUCGACCUCGGCAGAGAGCUGUCCAUGCUCCACAGCUUACUGUGGGAAGUGAUGGGCCAACUUAGCAAGGAUGCCAUUCUGAAACUUGGACCCCUGCCUCGGCUGCUGAAUGACAUCAGCGUCGCCCUGAGGAACCCGCAGCUUCACAUGCCUACGAAUCACCAGCCAGAUCGACCAAAGGACAGACUCUUCUCCCGUCCGUCUUUCAACCGUCUCAUGUCCUCAGACUUCCAAAGCCUUAUGAUGCGUGACCUAAACAGGUAUCUGCCCAACCUUUCCUGCUAUGUUCUGUAAUAUUUUUACUGUCAUCACACCUGGAUGUGAUAUUGUCCCAAAGAGAGCUAGAAAAGUACUCAGAGAGCGCAGUACUCCGCCAAGGCCGUUCAUUCCCCCAUAUGGCAUUGCUGGAAAUGCAGCAUAUUUUAGUAGAAAUGUGGCAUUUUUUUAUUAGUUAUUGAUGAUCAAAAAUCACGGCAACAUAGAAUGUGGCCCUUUAAUAUAGAUGUACCCACAUAAAAAAUGACCUUGCACUGAGCACGGGUGUGUGUUAUUCAUGUGUACGUUAUAUAUGGAUACUGAACUGCGUGACCUAAAUAUGUAGCAGGUGGCGGGAAUUGAUGGGACUCAGAAACACCCCCACAAUUUAAUCAGUUGUUCCUUGUAUCAUUUACAACAGAUAAGUCCUGAUAAGUCCGCAGCAGCUGAUUUGUAGUAGGAUCGCAAUCAUGUGAUGUAGUGUUCACUUUUUGUCAUGGUUACAGUGAUGCUGUGCCGCUAUCUCGCAAUGAUACGGAAAUGUUUAACAAAUCCCUGGAUCCAGACUAUAAGCCACAUCACUACCAAAAUCUAAUCACAUGGUCCUUGUGUAAUGUCUGACCAUACCUGAAAAUUUCAUCCAAAUCUGUUAGUCUGUUUUUGAGUAAUGUUGUGCACAGAAAGACAGACAGACGGACAAACGUACUCUGAUCGUCACGUAACUCUGCCGCAUUCAUUGGCAGAGUAAAAAAAUCAUAAAAAUGCAUAUCAAAUUUAAAGCACUGGUUUAACAAACAGC